CACACACGCACCCGAGUCGCAGGAUUUUCUACUGCCUUCCCUUCUCUCUCCUUCCUCUCUCUCUCUCUAGCCUCCCCUCGCUUCCCUUCCGCUCGCGUCCGCUUCCGCUUCCGCUUCCUGCUCCUCCUCCUCCUCCCUCUCGUCGGAGGAGUCCAGUGUAGCCGCCGCCUCGAGGGAGUGCGAGCGCGUCGUCUCGGCAGCGCCACCUCGGCGCCGGAGACGGGAACCUCGGCUCGGUUGCGCGCCGCCGCGGAGGAUUCAUAACCGGAUCGGCGGGUUCCGCGCGAGCUCCCUCGCUCGGAUCGACGACGCGCCGGGGCGGAAUUCCGGUGCCGGUUUCCCUCUUUCCGUGAGGGGGGUGGUGCUGGGAGCUGAGAGCUCGGAGUUGUUGGCCGGCGGCGGCUAAUCUGCGCUCCCUUCGUUUUUCAUCUGGCCGCGGGGUCGCAAUCUGCGCCCGCUGCUCGCUUGCUCGGCUCGAGCGGGUUUGUUGAAGCCGAAGCGGGGGCGGUGCUCUCCCUCUGGUGGGCAGCGGUUGCAGUCCGCGGUAGAUUUGCUGCGGCUGCGGAUGCUCCGGCGCGCGGCGGAUCUCGACCGGUCCUGCUGCGCGGAGUGAAGGGAGGGUGCGGGUCCCCCCCGGCCUGGAUUCUCGGAGGAUGGUGCCGUCGGGGCAGCCCAACCCGAUGGGCCCGGCGGGCCAGCAGGUGGGCGCCUCGCUGCUGCGGACCAGCUCCAGCCUCCUCGGCGGCGGCGGCGGCGGCGGCGGGGGAGGGGGCCAGCCGGGGAUGGGGAUGGGGAUGGGGAUGGGCGGCGCCGGCGGGGUGCUCCCGUCCCAGUCGCCCUUCUCGUCCCUCGUCUCGCCGCGCACGCAGUACGGGAGCGGCUUGCUGGCGGGUGCGUCCAAUGUCGCGUCGCUGCUCAGCCGCCAGCAGUCCUAUGGGAAUGGGGGGAUUGGGGCAAUGCCUGGUGCCGGAGCCGGCCUUCCCAUGGGUGGCCUGCACCAGCAGCAGCAGCAGCAGCAGCGAGGAGGGAUCGAUGGUGUUGCUGAUCUGGUUGGCGCUGGAGGGCCGGAUUCCAUGGCGUUCCCGUCAUCCUCCCAGGGCAGUUUGGGCAAUCAGCUUGGCGGCGAGAACUUACAGCAGCAGCAGCACCAACAGCAGAUGGAUGCACCGCAAGAUUCACAGAAUCAGCAACAGCAACAGCAACAGCACCAGCACCAGCACCAGCAGCAAAUGUCGAUGCCCUACAACCAGCAGCAUAUGUUGCCGCAAACACAGCCGCAGCAGCAGCCGGCGGUGAAGAUGGAGAAUGGAGGCGGGAUCUUGGGCGGGGUCAAGUUGGAGCAGCAGAUGGGGCAGCCCGAUCAGAACGGCCCCGCACAGAUGAUGCGCAGUUCCAGUGGUGGUGUGAAGCUCGAGCCGCAGCUGCAAGCGAUGAGGGGCUUGGGUGCUGUCAAGAUGGAGCACCAAAGCUCAGACCCAUCGGUGUUCCUGCAGCAACAGCAGCAGCAGCAACAUAUGUUGCAGCUGUCUAAGCAGAACCCUCAGGCUGCGGCUGCCCAGUUGAGCCUCUUACAGCAGCAGCAGCAGCGGUUCCUACAUCUGCAGCAACAGCAGCAGCAACAACAGCAGCAGCAGAUCCUCAAGAACUUGCCUUUGCAGAGAAACCAAUUGCAGCAGCAACAGCAGCAGCAGCAGCAGCAGCAACAGCAUCAGCAGUUGCUUCGUCAACAAAGUCUGAAUAUGAGAACUGGUAAAACACCAGCUUAUGAACCAGGAACAUGUGCAAAGAGGUUGACACAUUACAUGUAUCACCAGCAGAACAGGCCACAGGACAAUAACAUUGAGUACUGGAGAAACUUUGUGAAUGAAUACUUUGCCCCAAGUGCCAAGAAGAGAUGGUGUGUUUCUCUCUACGGAAAUGGCCGUCAAACUACUGGAGUUUUCCCUCAGGAUGUUUGGCAUUGUGAGAUAUGCAACAGGAAGCCAGGACGAGGCUUUGAAACUACUGUGGAGGUCUUGCCACGGCUGUGUCAAAUAAAAUAUGCCAGUGGUACACUCGAGGAGCUUCUGUAUGUUGACAUGCCACGGGAGUCCCAGAAUUCAUCUGGACAGAUUGUUUUGGAUUAUACCAAGGCAAUCCAGGAGAGUGUCUUCGAGCAAUUACGUGUGGUUCGUGAGGGGCAUUUAAGAAUUGUAUUCAACCAAGACCUCAAGAUUGCAUCGUGGGAGUUUUGUGCCAGGCGUCAUGAGGAACUUAUUCCUAGAAGAUCAAUCAUACCACAGGUCAGUCAACUUGGUGCUGUGGUGCAAAAGUAUCAAUCAUCCGUUCAAAAUUCAGCAUCACUCUCAAAUCAGGACAUGCAGAACAAUUGUAACUCGUUUGUCGCAUGUGCUCGCCAGUUGGCCAAAGCACUGGAAGUGCCAUUGGUGAAUGAUUUAGGAUACACUAAAAGAUAUGUCCGCUGCCUCCAGAUUGCAGAGGUCGUAAAUUGUAUGAAAGACUUGAUUGAUUACAGCAGGCAGACUGGGUCUGGUCCAAUAGAUAGCUUGCAUAAAUUCCCUAGAAGAGGGGCUCCAGCGAUUAGUUCCCUUCAACCACCGCAGCAACCUGAGGAGCAACAACCUGUUCCUCAGAGUUCAAACCAGAGUGGUCAAAACUCUGCUCCUACAACUGGAAUGCAAGUUUCUGCCUCUGGCAAUGGUGAUGCCACAUCAAACAAUUCACUCAAUUGUGCACCAUCUACAUCAGCACCAUCUUCUUCAUCUGUUGUUGGUCUCCUCCAAGGCUCAAUAAAUUGCAGACAAGAACAUCCAACAAGCAGUGGCAACGGUUUGUAUAAUGGUGGAAACAAUGCUGCAGUUGCUAAGGCGAACUCAACAAAUUCAAUGCAAUCAAAUCCACAAGCAUCGUUUCCUUCACCAGUGCCCUCAGCAUCAAAUGGCAACAUGAUGCCUGCACCCCAGCAUUCAAGCCAGAUGAACUCGCCGACCAUGCCCUCAAACCUACCUCCUAUGCAAACACCUACAAGUCGACCUCAGGAACCUGAAUCAAAUGAGUCGCAGAGCUCAGUCCAGAGGAUAUUGCAAGAGAUGAUGAUGCAAUCCCAAAUGAAUGGUGUUGGACCAGUGGGAAGCGAUAUGAAGAGAGCAAACACAAUUACCCCUGGUCUUAACGGGGUUAACUCCUUAGUUGGUAACCCCAUAACAAAUAACUCUGGAAUGAAUGGAAUGGGAUUUGGGGCUAUGGGAGGCAUUGGUCAAUCAAUGAGAACAGCAAUGGGGAAUAAUGCGAUGGUGAUGAAUGGAAGAACCGGGAUGAACCACAGUGCACAUGACCUGACGCAGCUGAGCCACCAGCAGCAACAGCGUGAUAUAGGAAGCCAACUACUUGGGGGCCUCAGAGCUGCAAAUAGCUUCAAUAACCUUCAAUAUGACUGGAAGUCAUCCCAAUAGAGUGAGCUGGAGUUUAAAGGCUCGCAUCUGAUAUGAUACAAGUUAUCCUCACUGGGUUCAUCACUGACAACAGAAAAGUUACAUCGCCAUAACCCGCCCCCCCUCGGAGGCGGCGGGCUCUUUACUGAUGGUGCAUGCUACAUGUUACAGCAAAAGGAAACAUUAGCGGUGAUGGGUUACGUGUUACAGCAACUGUCUGUAUGGCUGUGUUCCUUUGUAUUUCGCCUGUGGAAUUUAUGUCUGCUUAGGCGAUCCUACCACAAGAAUGAGAGCCUGCCUUCACUUGCUCUCAUCAGGGCUGAGUGUUUGGCGGAUUCCAAACUGGGUGGAAGAUGAGAGCGUCUUUCCCCUGUUUUUUCGGGUUGGAUGACAUGAGUUUUCUCUUCCAGUCUGUACUCUCUACUCUAGUGUACCAUGGCUCACCGGAAGUUGUGAAAGCAUGUGUACGGCGGCCUUUGAUGGCCAGGAAUCUCAUCGUAGCUGUGCUGUACUAUGUAUAAUCAGUUAUUUAAUUACUAGUGGAAAGCAUCAGGAAAAUUUUCUGACGGUA